ACCUCGAAUAGAAUAGGGGAUAGUUAGCCCCUCCCCCGGUUCCUACAGAAAGGUGAGUCCAUGGGCCAUUCUGGCGAAGUCAGAACCCUUAGUCUGGCUGUUUCAGUGUGCCAGGCAUUGUGUUAAAUAUUUUGCCUCGAUGAUUUCCCGUCAUCUUCAAAACAAUCUUAUGAGUGUGGACCCAGUCAGCAGCCAGGCCAUGGAGCUCUCUGAUGUUACCCUCAUUGAGGGUGUGGGUAAUGAGGUGACUGUGGUGGCAGGUGUGGUGGUGCUGAUUCUAGCCUUGGUCUUAGCUUGGCUCUCUACCUACGUAGCAGACAGCAGUAGCAACCAGCUCCUGGGCACUAUUGUGUCAGCAGGUGACACAUCUGUCCUCCAUCUGGGGCAUGUGGACCAUCUGGUGGCAGGCCAGAGCACCCCAGAGGCAACUGAACUCCCCCAUCCAUCAGAGGGUAAUGAUGAGAAGGCAGAAGAGGCUGGUGAAGGUGGGGGAGACUCCACAGGGGAACCUGGAGCCAGGGGUGGUGUUGAGCCCAGCCUUGAACACUUGCUGGACAUCCAAGGCCUGCCCAAAAGACAAACAGACCAAGAGAACAGCAAUCGAGAGACCCCCCCACGAUCUGAGGAUAGCACCUGCCUCACUGCCAGCCCUGUCCUCAUCAAUGUGCGGCUCAAGUUCCUUAAUGACACUGAGGAGUUGGCUGUGGCCAGGCCAGAGGAUACUGUGGGUGCCCUAAAGAGUAAAUACUUCCCUGGACAAGAGAGUCAGAUGAAACUGAUCUACCAGGGCCGACUGCUGCAAGACCCUGCCCGUACACUGCGAUCCCUGAACAUUACCGACAACUGUGUGAUUCACUGCCACCACACCCCCCCAGGGUCAGCUGUUCCAGGCCCCUCUGCCUCCCUGGCCCCUUCCUCAGCCACUGAACCACCCAGCCUUGGUGUCAGUGUGGGCAGCCUCAUGGUGCCUGUGUUUGUGGUGCUGUUGGGUGUGGUCUGGUAUUUCCGUAUUAAUUACCGCCAGUUCUUCACAGCACCUGCUACUGUCUCCCUUGUGGGGGUCACCGUCUUCUUCAGCUUCCUAGUAUUUGGAAUGUACGGACGAUAAGGACAGAGAGAGAAAAUGAAAGGCAUGGUCUUCCUUCUCUGUGGCCUCCCCCUUACCUGGCCAGAGCUGGGCCCAAGGGCCUGGGAGGGAGGGGUGGAAGAUGUGGAUCCUCCUUCACAGGACAUAGGAACCAGGAAUGGGGUUACAUCCAUGAGGGUAUAAACAUCCCCUUUUGUGCAAGCACAACUCAGGUAGAAAUGAGGAUGUCCUCUCCCAUUACUUUUAGGGUCCUGACGUUCAGAUGUGGGCUGGUAGGCCAGCCAAGUGGGAAACCUGGGCUCUGAGGAUUCCCUCCCAACUGUGGCCCACUCUUCAUUGUCCUGCAUGUCUGCUCCUUAGCACCCAGAGCUGCCUUCCAGGGCAGCCCAGGGCAGCUCAGCAUGACCCCAGCAUACUUCUGUAGGGAUCCUGGAGUAUCUUUCAUUUCUAGUGGAAUGUCCCAUCUUUUGAAACCAAAAUUCACACAGGCAAGAAUGAAGAUUGUAUCUGGUUUCCGUGUAGGUACCUAGCCAUCUCUAACAUGUCCUUCCACCCCCUAUAGCAGGAAUAGGGUGUUCUCCACGUUCUGGAAAGUUCCCAGUAUUCUUCCUUUUUUCAAAGCACUUUGCUUGUAUAUUUUUUUAAAUAGUUCUUCAUAGAGCUCAAUCUGGAAGGGGGUUGGGGCACAAAGCCAAGCCCCCAACAUUGGAAAGUCAGGCCACAGCUGUUGCUACCCUAGGCCUAACUAGGGCUGUAAGCAAGAGACUACUUUGGCCUUAAGCCAGUGUCCUACCCAGCCAGUUCAGCUCCAAGAGCAAGUAUGGAGCACUGGUCCCCAGGACUUUGCCUCUGGGAUCUUGAUGGUCAGUGUCUGUGACUGAAUAAAGUUCCAUUUUGUGGCUUUGGA